AUGGAUAUGCACAUAAUUUAUAAUCGAACAAAAUCUUUUACAACAGCAAAGAAAAAAAAAUGGCCUCAUGGGAUUACAGAGUAUAAGGCAACACCUGAAACAUUGGCACAUGCAGGAUUUUAUUUCGAUCGAUCAAAUCAUCCACUAGAUAAUGUUAUUUGUUUCAUAUGUGGCUGUUCGAUAAAAGGUUGGAAUAAAGACGAUGAUCCUUUCCAGAAACAUCAAGCCAGUUCACCUGAUUGUCCGUGGGUUCUGUGUCGAAAUUACUCAAAUAACAAAAAUAACAAUACCGCUAACGAAUCAACUUUGAAUUGGGACGAUAAGAAUCAAUGGCCAACAUCAAAAAAAUUAGAAGAUGCUAGAAUCAAAACUUUUGGUAAUUGGUGGCCACAUAAAGAAAAAAAAACCUGGACUGCAACAGUUAAAAAGUUGGCAAAAGCCGGUUUCUAUUAUUACCCAUUGUAUAAAGGAGAUGAUAAUGUAGUUUGUCCUUAUUGCAAUAUAAGUUUAGAAGGAUGGGAACCUGAUGAUGAUCCUGUAAAAGAACAUACUAAAAGAUCUAUUACUUGCUUAUUUUUUGCUAAACCACCAAAAUCAAAAAAAUCAAAAGCACCAGCUGCCAUUACUAGAAAACCUAAAAAGAAGAAUAUUGUUGAGUUUAACGAGUUGGAUAAGGACGUCAGUAUAAAAGUCAAGGAAAUGACUGUUGUUGUUGAGCCUCAUGAAUUGAAUAAGAACGUUUAUGUCGAAGUUAAUCGAUUGGCUGAUGUUAUCGAGCCUAAUGAAUUAAACAAAGAUGUUUGUGUAGAAGAAGAAAUUAACCAAUUGACUGAUGCUAUUGAGCCUAAUGAAUUAAACAAGGAUGUUUGUGUAGAAGAAGAAAUUAAUCAAUUGACUGAUGCUAUUGAGCCUAAUGAAUUGAAUAAGGAUAUUUGUGUAGAAGAAGAAAUUAAUCAAUUGACUGAUGCUAUUGGGCCUAAUGAAUUAAAUAAGGAUAUUUGUGUAGAAAAAGUUGAUGAAUUGAUUGAUGCUGUUGAGCCUCAUGAACUGAAUAAGAACGUUUGUGUCGAAGUUAAUCGAUUGACUGAUACUAUUGAGUCUAAUGGAUCGAAUAAGGCUGUUUGUGUAGAAGAAGAAAUUAAUCAAUUGACUGAUGCUAUUGAGCCUAAUGAGUUGAAUAAGAAUGUUGGUGUCUGUGUAGAUGUCAAGGAAACGGCCGUUGCUGUCGAGUCUAAUGAAUUAAACAAGGAUAUUUGUGUAGAAAAGGUUAAUGAAUUGAUUGAUGCCAUCGAGUUUCAUGAAUUGAAUAAUGACAUUUGUGUAGAAAAAGUUAAUGAAUUGAUUGAUGCUGUCGAGACCCAUGAAUUGAAUAAGAACGUUUGUGUAGAAGUUAAUCAAUCGAUUGACGUUGUUGAAUCUAAUGAAUUGAAUGAAGAUUGCGUAGAAGUUAAUGAAAUGACUGAUGCUAUUGGGUCUAAUGAAUUGAAUAAGGAUGUUUGUGUAGAAGUUAAUGAAUUGAUUGAUGCUGUCGAGACUCACGAAUUGAGUAAGGAUGUUGGUGUAGAAGUCAUUACUCAACAAAUUGCAGAUAAACUGAAAUUGAAUGAAUUUGGUGAUGCUAGUUUGAAUCAGGAUGAACAAAUGGAUAUUAUUAUUAGCAAAGAUAAUAUUAUUAUUGAUUAUUUAAGAGAUUUGGGUGAACAACAAGAAAAGAAGUUGGAAAUUGAAAUUGAGAAAAUUAUUGAAAAAUUGUUGAAUGCUAAAAAAAAAGUAAAAGAAGAAAUAAUGCAAAUUCAAGUCAUAUAA